UAGUUCCCGGACAUGUUUGUCACGGUUGUGAAGCAGACACUUCCUGCUACCUUGCGGGUCACGCCGAUCGUGGCUGUUUGACUUGACAAAUGUAGCCGGUUUGUUUUUGCGACCCGCCCGUAUAUUGCGUCGAGUUGGAGGAUAGUUUGGAUUGUCUUUUUUUUUUCGAAAUAAACCCGGCACUCGAUGUCGAAAGACGGCCGCGGUGACGGGAGACGGCGCGGCGCGGCGCAGCACAGGUUCGGGCCGAGGGCGGCCCAGGGUGGGGAUGGACGGGAGAGAUCCGGGAGCAACAGCUCGGGGUCUUCGCACGGAGGAGGAGGAAAAGGCAGGAACACGCCGAUAAGCAUCGCCUUGAAGGCCUCCUUCCAGCGGUCCAACAGUCAUGACAAGGUGCGGAAGAUUGUUGCCGAGGAAGGCCGGGCCGCUCGCAACCUGAUUGCUUGGAGCGUGCCACUGGAAACCAAGGAGGAGGAAGGGAAGCCCAAAUCACAGGCCAGCCCGAGACCGCAGCGAAUCAGCACUGGGAUCCACCGCAACAAGAAGCGGAAUGCUGGCCUGGACACCAAGGGGGCUGGCGGCGGGGGCGGGGCCACGCUCGACAAGGCCGCCGAGAAGAGCCCUACCAAGGCCCGGCCUCCGCGCAAGGUGGACCUGCGGGCGCGCUACUGGGCCUUCCUGUUCGACAACCUGCGGCGGGCAGUGGACGAGAUUUAUGUCACCUGCGAGUGGGAUCAGAGCGUGGUGGAGUGCAAGGAAGUCCUCAUGAUGCUGGACAACUAUGUGCGUGACUUCAAAGCCCUGAUCGACUGGAUCCAGCUUCAGGAGAAACUGGAGAAGACUGACGCCCAGAACAGACCCACCUCACUGGCCUGGGAGGUGCGUAAGAUGUCUCCGGGACGUCACGUGAUUCCCAGCCCAUCCAGCGACCGCAUGCUACCAUCUCCCAGCGCACGCCGCUCCCUUAACUUUGGGGGGCCCCCGCCCACACUGGCCACUGUCCGCCUGCCGCACACUGGGCCCAGCUGGGCCGACCGCGUCAAGUCCUCCCAGUCGCUGACAGUCCCCGCCCAGGGAGCUCCCCGCCCCAGCCUGCCGACACGGCCCGUGGAGAAGCCAGGGAAGGACGCUGAGGGCUGGGAGACAGUGCAGCGUGGGCGUCCUGCCCGGCCGCGCUCCGCUGCCGUGGUGGCCAAGGUUAGCCCUGUCCUGGCUCACAGUGCCCCCCGGGACGACAGCGACAAGGAGAACCACCGGCACGGGCCCGCCAACUCUGGGGGCCGGGACCCAGAGCAGACGGAACUGGUCAAACCGGUUGACCCCCUGGUCCAGGAAGAAAGGGGGAGUGACGAGAAGGCAGAGGGCGCCCAGGUGCUUGGCACGCAGGUCACUCAGCCGUCAUCGGCCGCUAACGCGCCCCCAUGUGACAGCGUGUGGGCCUCGGGGCCCAGUGAAGACGAGGCUCCCCCCAGCGUGGCCCCUGGCCCCGCCCCUCCCCCCCCCAGCAUGGACGCGGCGGGGGCGGGGGGCGAGCCGUCGCCCCCCACAGCAUCUGCUCCAGGACAGACCCCUGCGGUGGAGGCUGUGAAAGCGGAGAGCAUGCUGGAUCCCGCAGAGCUGACCACUCCACAGUCCAUGGCCGAGGUCCUGGCCAAGAAGGAGGAGCUAGCCGACCGCUUGGAGAAGGCCAACGAGGAAGCCAUCGCCAGCGCCAUUGCUGAGGAGGAACAGCUGACCCGCGAGAUCCAGGCAGAGCACAUCGACCUGGAGGCUGACAACGAGAAUGACUUCUCUACUGGCAUCGGGGGCUGUGGACUCAGCCUGGACUGGACUGAAAUGUUAGCUGACUAUGAAGCCCGUGAGCCAUGGCGUCAGAGCACCUCAUGGGGGGACAUCGUGGAGGAGGAGCCCGCUCGUCCCCCCGGCCAUGGGAUCCACAUGCAUGAGAAGCUGUCGUCCCCGUCACGCAAGAGGACCAUUGCGGAGUCCAAGCGGAAGCACGAGGAGAAGCAGCUGAAGGCACAGCAGCUCCGGGAGAAGCUGCGAGAGGAGAAGAGCCACAAGCUGCAGAAGCUGCUUGAGCGGGAGAAGGAGGUCAGGAAGUGGAAAGAGGAGUUGCUGGACCAGAGACGUAAGAUGAUGGAAGAGAAGCUCCUGCACGCUGAGUUCAAGCGGGAGCUGCAGCUGCAGGCCAUCGUGAAGAAGGCCCAGGAGGAGGAAGCUAAGGUGAAUGAGAUCGCCUUCAUCAACACCCUGGAGGCCCAGAACAAGAGGCACGAUGUGCUGGCCAAGCUCAACGAGUAUGAGCAGCGCCUCAAUGAGCUACAGGAGGAGCGCCAGCGGAGGCAGGAGGAGAAGCAGGCCCGGGACGAGGCCGUCCAGGAGCGCAAGCGAGCCCUGGAAGCGGAGCGGCAGGCACGGGUGGAGGAGCUCCUGAUGCGGCGGCGUGAGCAGGAGGCUCGCAUUGAGCAGCAGCGGCAGGAGAAGGAGCGCGCAAGGGAGGAUGCGGCACGCGAGCGGGCCAGGGACCGGGAGGAGCGUCUGGCGGCCCUGAGUGCCGCCCAGCAGGAGGCCAUGGAGGAGCUGCAGAAGAAGAUCCAGAUGAAGCACGACGAGAGCAGCCGCAGGCACAUGGAGCAGAUCGAGCAGAGGAAGGAGAAGGCAGCGGAGCUGAGCAGUGGGCGGCACGCUAGCACCGACUACGCUCCCAAGCUGACGCCUUACGAGCGCAAGAAGCACUGCUCACUCUGCAACGUGCUGAUCACCUCCGAGGUGCACCUCUUCAGCCACACAAAGGGACGGCGCCACCAGCAGGCCGUUCGGGACAGCAGCAGCAUCCAGGGCCGCGAGCUGUCCGACGAGGAAGUGGAACACCUGUCCUUAAAGAAGUACAUCGUGGACGUGGUGACGGACGGCACAGUCGCCGUGGAGCCGGCGAAGGAUGGCGAGGAGAAGCAGAAGGCGAGGAAGAGGGCGAAGAAGCUGCGAGCUCGCAUGAACUCCAGAGCGAAGGAGUAUGAGAUCUCAUUAGAGGGCAAGAUGCAGGUUCCAGACUCAACAUACAAAGCCAAGCUCCAACGUCUGGUAAAGGACUUGGGGAAGCAUCUCCAGGGACAGGACAGCGGGCAAUGGGCCAACAGCAAGGUGUCGAGCCUGGACAGGACGCUGGGGGAGAUCAGCCGCAUCCUGGAGAAACAGAACAAUGCGGAUCAGGUGGCAUUCCGGCUGGGAGGGGGACUCCAAGCCUUGGAACAGAUUCUGCAGGUAGCUGCAGUGGCCCCCACCCCCACGGCAGUCCCUCGCAUCCCGCUGAAGUCACUCUGUUCGGCCGUCAGCACGUACUCCGUCGCCUGCUUCGCCUGUCCGCCCAAUUGCUCCUAUGUCCUACUGAGCAACAAGAUCGCUUUCCUUACGGACCUCCUGUUACACCAGCUCACGCUGUACAUCCCAGAUGAGGACAAAUCAGCGGCGGGCCGCACCCUGAACAAGCAAGUGUUCGAGGGGUUGACUGCUGGCUUGCUGCAGACCAUCGCCACUGUGCUGAGGUACCUGCUGCCUCUACCUCUGGACACCAAGGCGCAGAUUGGAGAGACCUUCAACAGCCGCAUUCAGGACCUCAUUAGCUACGUGGUCAAUGUGGGCCUCCUGGACAAGCUGUGCGCCUGCUUCCUGUCGGUCCAGGGCUCAGGGGACGAGAGCCCCAAGAUGGCCACCUUCCUGUCCCAUGCAACGGCACUGCUACACGGCGUAUGCAGGCUGUGCUUCACUGUGACAGGCCGCUCCCCCAACAUGUUCGACAAGCGGCUGGAGCCCACAGGUCUGGCGGCACUGCUGCGGGGCACCGACCUGCUGGGUGUCCUGCACAUGCUGUACUGUGUGCUGCUGCACGGUGUGCUGCCCGAGCCAGGCCUGGCCACACCCCUGGAGGUCUACCCCCCCGCCGUUGCCCAUGUGGCCCUGCAGAGCGUCCGCUUCCUCAACGCCUUCGCCCUGCUGGACCUGCCAGCUUUCCAGUCUGUCCUAGGUGCCGAGGGGCUGUCCCUGGCCUUCCGUCACAUCGUCAGCUCGCUGCUCUGCUACUGCUCUCAGCAGACGGACGAGAGCCUGCUGCACGAGGUCAUCAUCUGUGUGGGCUACUUCACUGUCAGCCACCCAGAUAACCAGGCGAUCGUGCAGUCAGGCCGCCAGCCGAGCGUCCUGCAGAAGCUCUGCCAGCUGCCCUUCCAGUACUUCAGCGAGCCUCGCCUGGUUCGGGUGCUCUUCCCCACGCUGAUCUCGGCCUGCCACAACAACCCACAGAACAAGGUCAUCCUGCAGCAGGAGAUGAGCAGCGUGCUGUUGGCCACCUUCAUACAGGACUGUGCUCAGAGUUCAGGCCGGGUGGAAAAUCGGACGUCACAGAAAGAAGACGCAAGAUCCCUGGAGGCCCUGGACUUGGCCAGUCGCUUCCCCCGCGAUCGCUGGGAGGAGGCGCUGCAGUUCUUCCUCAACAAGCAGAAUGACUGACCCUCGAACAGGCGGGAAUCACACCAAAGGGAAACGUUCGUCUCCGCUUUCCACCUGGGCCUGGAGGUGUGCGGAUCUGACUCCCUGCGCGUUCCGUUACUUUCAGAUAUGCAGAGGUCAGGCUGAAACUCGGCGGGGAUGGGAUUUUGCCGCUCUGCGGACUGUAGACGGCUCUUGUUCACACUGCUGCUGAAGAUAACUGGUAAUCAAUCGUUUGUCUUUUGAGAAAAGGAGAUAUUGGUUAAGACGGGCAUUGUUAGGGAAAAAACUUUUACACACUGUUCUGCAACUUCGUUACGAGAUUGUAUAUACUUUAAUACUAAAAACCAGUGAUGUUCUGCUAAGACUUGGGAUUUUUCUUGGGUAUGUAUAUUUAACUGUUUUUGUAUUCAUUUGUGUAAUUUGCACAAUUGGUGUCUGUUCACUGUUCAUUUAUUAUGCUAGUAAAUUUUUACAGUGGUGUGUUUGGUUUUCUUUGUUAAAUAACUUCAGUAAGUAUAAAUUAUUUAGUUAACGUUUCUAUAAUAAAAUAAUUUAUUACUGCA